UUUGAUUGCGGCACCUUCUGUUUUCCGAUCUGGUGUUGAGGAAGCUAUAAGCGUAACCAUCUUUAACUCUGUCAAGGAGACAACAGUCCAGAUUCAGCUAGUAGUCAAAGGAGAAACUGUGUCACGAGGCCACGGAACAGUUCUGGAUAAAGGAACAAUUAAACUGAAGGUGCCUUCAGGACUUCGUGGACAAGCACAUCUAAAAGUCUGGGGCAACCGGCAUCUAGCAGAGGAAGGCUACAUUUUUCAUAACUAUACCACAGUAACCAUUGAUAGCAAAGGAUCAUCAGUGUUCAUCCAGACUGAUAAACCUGUCUAUAAACCCAAGCAGAAAGUGUUGAUAAACCUCUUUAUGGUGACUUCUGACUUGAGACCAGUCAAUGACAGGAUUGAAGCUUACGUGGUGGAUCCUCGGGGGUCUCGUAUGAUAGAGUGGAGCAAUUUGAAGCCAUUUUGUUGUGGUAUUGUAAAUAUGAGUUUUCCUUUGUCUGAUCAGCCAGUGUUUGGUGAAUGGCUCAUCUUUGCUGAAAUGCAGGGGCACACAUACAACAAAUCAUUUGAAGUUCAGAAAUAUGUACUACCAAAAUUUGAGUUGCUGAUUGACCCCCCUCGCUACAUUCGUGACCUUUCACUGUGCGAAAAAGGAACUGUCCAUGCCAGAUAUACAUUUGGAAAACCAGUGACAGGAAAGUUAAUUGUCAAUAUGACUAUAAAUGGCGUAGGGUACUACAGGCAUGAAGUGGGACACCCUGUCCUCAAGACCACCCAGAUUGAUGGCUCUGCUGUUUUCGAUGUGUGUGUGAAAGACAUGAUGCCAGCUGAUGUUCCGGAACAUUUUCGAGGCACAGUCAAUAUCUGGGCCACUGUGAUCAGCUCUGAUGGGAGCAAGCAGGUUACAUUUGAUGACUCAACGCCUGUUCAGAAACAGCUGAUUGAUAUCAAGUACUCCAAGGAUACCAGAAAGCAGUUCAAACCUGGACUGCCUUACAAGGGAAAGGUAGAAGUCACUUACCCUGAUGGAAGUCCAGCUGACAGAGUCACUAUCCGAAUUAAAGCUGAACUCACACCAAAGGACAAUGUUUAUACAAGUGAACUGGUAUCAAGAAAUGGCCUGGUGGAGUUUGAAAUCCCCUCCAUCCCUACAGCCGCCCAAUAUGUCUGGCUGGAGACAAAAGUGACAGCGAUUGAUGGGAAACCGUCUGGAGAUCAAUAUCUGCCAAACUACUUGUCCAUCAGUAGCUGGUACUCGCCCAGCAAGUGUCACAUCCAGCUCCAGGCACCAGAUAAACCUUUCCAGGUAGGAGAGGAGGCUUGGAUUGCGGUGAAGUCCACAUGUCCUUGCAACUUCACUCUACAUUAUGAAGUGGCAUCGCGAGGCAACAUUGUCCUUUCAGGACUGCAGCCCAGUAACAUCACCCAGCAGAGGAGCAAAAGAGCCACCUUUCCCUUUGAGAAGAACAUUGAUAUCACACGCUUCCCAGGAACAGCACCUACCAGUAUCCCUGCAGCAGAGGUUGAAGUCUGCAUGACAUUCCUCCGGUUCUCAGUAGUUCACAACAUGGCUCCCUUGGGCCGUCUUCUGGUGUAUUAUGUCAGGGAGAAUGGAGAAGGGGUUACAGACAGCCUGCAGUUCACUGUGAAGUCCUCCUUUGAAAAUCAGGUUGCAGUGGCUCUCUCGGCAAAUGAGACCAGACCUGGUGAUGUUGUGAACAUCAAGGUCAGAGCUGCAAAAUCAAGCUGCGUCUGCAUUGCCACUGUGGAUAAGAGUGUCUACUUGCUGAAGACAGGUUUUCAGCUGACAGCCAGUCAGGUUUUUCAAGAGCUUGCAGAAUAUGAUGUAUCUGAUGCUUUUGGAGCUCCGAAGGAAGAAGGGCACUUCUGGUGGCCAGGCAUGUCCUCACGUAGACGCCGUAGAUCUUCUGUCUUUCCCUGGCACUGGGACAUCACCAAGGAUGCUCGCUUCGCGUUUACAGAAACUGGUUUGGUUGUAAUGACUGAUAUAGUCAGCUUAAACCACAGACAGAACGGAGGUAUGUACACGGAUGAGGCUGUCCCAGCUUUUCAGCCACAUACUGGGACGUUGGUGGCUACAAUGCAUUCUAAAAUAGCACCAAGAGCAGAGAAGAGAAAAAGAACCUUCUUUCCCGAAACAUGGAUUUGGCACUGCCUCAACGUCAGUAAUAUAUCAGGAGAAGCACAGCUGCACGUGGAAGUGCCAGACUCCAUCACUACGUGGAUAACUGAAGCUGUGGGUCUCUCUGAAGAGAAGGGGUUGGGCAUUGCCAGUCAAACAGAACUGAAGACAUUUAAACCUUUCUUCAUUGAUUUCACCUUGCCAUACCAUGUCAUCCGGGGAGAACAGACCAAAAUCCCAUUGACUGUCUACAAUUACUUAGCUGUCUGUGUAGAGGUCCACGUGAAGAUUUCUGUUCCAAAAGGCAUAAAGUUUGUUGGGCAUCCUGGGAAACACCAUCUGACAAGAAAGAAGUGCGUUGCCCCUGGGGAAGCUAAACCCACCUCUAUCGUUUUGUCCUUCAAUGAGCUUGGACUGAGCAACAUCACUGCAAAAGCUUUUGCUUAUGGUGGAACUAAUUGCUGUCAGGAUGGGAUGCAGACCUUAAAGAAUGGCAAGCACUCAGAGGACAAUUAUAUGGACAAAAGGACCCCAGUGGGAGUGGAUUAUGUUCGCAGUAGUGUUAUUAUUGAGCCAGAGGGACUGUCCAGAGAAUACACCUAUAGUGUGUUCUUCUGCCCAAAUGAGAAAAUACACAUUUCUACACCUAACAAAUAUGAGUACCAAUACAUGCAGAAACCUGUCCGGAUGACACACUUUGACAUUGCUGUGAAAGCACACAAUGAUGCUCACCUGGCCUUGUCCUCUGGUCCACAUGACAUGGCAGAGAUGACUGAGAUUGUUAUUGGUGGACAUCAAAAUACUAAAACAUGGAUUUCCAUAAGCAAAAUGGGUGAGCCAGUGGCCAGCAGGGACACAGCUGGUAUCCUCUCCUGGGAUGAAUUCCGCAGCUUCUGGAUCAGCUGGAAAAAUGGAAUUAUCCAGGUUGGCCAUGGUACUCGGGUGCUAAAUGAGUCUAUUAUUGUGGAGUGGACAGUCCCCAGACAGCUUGAGGUGAAGUACAUUGGCUUUUCCACAGGCUGGGGGUCAAUGGGAGAGUUUAAAAUUUGGAGAAAAGAAGAGACUGAUGAAAAUCACAAUGAAGCAUUUACUCUUGGAGUUCCCCACAACAUAAUUCCAGGAUCAGAAAGAGCUACGGCUUCAAUAAUAGGAGAUGUGAUGGGUCCUACAUUGAACAACUUGGACAAUCUUUUGCGAUUACCAUUUGGAUGUGGGGAGCAGAACAUGAUCCAUUUUGCUCCUAAUGUUUUUGUCCUGAAAUAUCUGCAGAAAACCAAACAACUCAGUCAUGAGGUGGAGAGUGAAGCUACUGAUUACCUUGUUCAAGGCUACCAGCGCCAGCUGACCUACAAGAGACAAGAUGGCUCAUACAGCGCUUUUGGCGAGAGGGAUUCCUCAGGGAGUAUGUGGCUAACAGCUUUUGUCCUCAAGUCCUUUGCACAGUCUCGUGGGUUUAUUUUCAUUGACCCAAAAGAACUAACAGCUGCCAAAGACUGGAUCAUCCAGCAUCAGAAAGAAGAUGGUUCUUUUCCUGCUAUGGGCAGGAUACUAAAUAAGGAUAUUCAGGGUGGAAUCCAUGGUAAGAUCUCCCUGACAGCUUAUGUGGUUGCAUCUCUUCUAGAAACAGGUGUAACUUCUGAGGAAGAAAGAACAGCUGUUGACAAAGCAAAACACUUCUUAGAGUCCAACUUGCACUCAGCAGAAGACCCCUACACUACUGCCUUGACUGCGUAUGCCCUGACACUGCUACACAGUCCCUCUGCUGCUGUGACGCUGAGGAAAAUGAACAGCAUGGCUAUUACACAAGAUGGCUUUACACACUGGAGCUUGACGGGAACUCUUGUUACUGAUGAAGAUACCUUCAUGGGAUUUAAUGAUGGUCUCUCUCAAUCAGUUGUUUCUGCAGAAGUGGAAAUGACAUCUUAUGCCCUUUUGACGUACACGCUCCUAGGAGACGUGGCCUCUGCGCUCCCAGUAGUAAAAUGGCUUUCACAGCAGAGGAACGCACUUGGAGGAUUCUCAUCUACUCAGGACACAUGUGUAGCCCUGCAGGCUCUGGCUGAAUAUGCUAUCCUUUCUUAUGUUGGAGGAGUCAACCUUACCAUUUCCUUGGCUUCUACUAAUCUAGACUACCAGGAGACAUUUGAGCUUAACAAGAUGAAUAAAAAAGUCCUCCAGACUGCAGUGAUCCCCAGUAUUCCAACGGGGCUGUUUGUGAGUGCCAAAGGUGAAGGCUGCUGCCUGAUGCAGAUUGAUGUCACUUACAAUGUACCUGAUCCUAUUGCCAAACCAGCUUUCCAGCUCCUGGUUAACCUGAAGGAGCCAAAGUCAGAGCAGCAUCUUCAAGCUCCAAAUCUCCUGCGGUCUGUCUCUCCAGAUGAGAAUCGCUCUGAAGCCUUGCACAGAGAGAGGGCACUGGUGGAUGAUGAUGACCCAGCUUCAGAUCAGGACCAUCAGGAAUACAAAGUCAUACUGGAGACGUGCACUAGAUGGCUGCACUCUGGAUCUUCUAACAUGGCUGUCUUGGAAGUGCCAUUGUUCUCAGGGUUUCGUGCAGAUAUUGAGAGCCUAGAGCAGUUACUGAUGAACAAGCAAAUUGGAUUAAAAAGAUAUGAAGUGGAUGGAAGAAAAGUCCUCUUUUAUUUUGAUGAGAUUCCUAGCCAGUGCAUGACGUGUGUAAAGUUUCAAGCUUUCAGAGAGCAUAUAGUUGGGAAAACAGCUCCUGUUCCUAUCAAAGUGUAUGAUUACUAUGAGCCAGCUUUUGAAGCAACUCGUUUCUACAACGUGAGUGAAAACAGUCCCUUGGCUCGGGAGCUCUGUGAUGGGCCAACAUGCAAUGAGGUGGAAAGCUCAGCUAGCCAAUGGGUUGGCUUUGUUCACUCUGGACCAUGCAAUAACAUUUUUGGCUGCUUGGAGGAUGAGUAUUUUGAGCAGUGCAUGUGUUCGCGAGACUGUGGCUAUGAUGGGGAGCCUGUAUGUGGAUCAGAUGGACAGAUUUACCCGAACCAUUGCCAGAUGGAAGUAGCAUCGUGCCGGAAUAAUACAAGGAUAGAACAGAUGCCCAUGUCGCAAUGUUCUGCCUCCAAGAAUUUGCCAGAAGAAAGGGAGACACACUCCCACACAGUUGAGCAACCCAGUGUUCAACAAACUCCAGCAGCACAACCUGAGACUCUGGUUUCUUUUCCAGCAGAGGAAGGCCCUCCGCUACAGACAGAUCUGUCAUACUACUCCUAUGAAUAUGACCCAGACCCCUAUGCGUCGGAAGCUGAUGUCUUUGAGAUUGUGGCAGAACUGACAACAGCAAGCACGUUAAAAGAAGUGGACAAGAUUCAGGAAGUAGUGACCACAGUAGAAUGAAAUAUAUAAUUUAAAUAAAGAGAAGAG